AUGCAGGUGGAGUAUAAACAACUCGAGGUUUGGCUUCAUGGUAAACUGAAGCCAUUGUGCGUUGCAGAUCCCAUCCCACUUUCUCAGUAUGUCAUAGCUUUGAUUAAAAAAGACAAAGGAGAACAGGAGUUAAAAGAAAUAUGUAUGGAUCAACUCGAAGUAUUUUUACAAGAGAAUACCACUAAGUUUGUUGAAGACCUAUUCACUGCACUUAAGUCGAGAGCAUAUGUUUCAAAUGAACCAUUGAAACCAAUCCAGUCAAGUAGUUCUGGUCCCAAAGAAGUAUCCGGGAAACCUCACUCCGGAAACCAUUCGUUUGAUAAUAUACCAAAGGAUAGAAAAAGAAACUUAUCCAACAGCAAUCCUCCAAGUUCGACAAACAGCUCAACUGCCAAGCAGAAGAGAAAACGUUCACCAGAGGUGAAGUCGAAGCGAAUAUCUCCUGGACGUUCACGUAGCCCCCAUUCAUCAUCACGGUCAAUUAAUAAUACUACUGUAGCUAGCAGACAGCAUGGUGAUUCUUGGGAUCGUGGACGACAAAAUGAUCAAAUGGGAGAGUCUAAUCUAAAAACUGUGGAUUCCCACAAUUGGCGUAAUUCAUCAGGUGAUUCAGAUGGAGAGACAUCACACUUGACUACGCAUUCUCGUCGAAAUAAACAUCGUGAUUCCGAGUCACAAACACGUGACAGUCGUGAACGCAUUAAUUCGCGUAGCCGAGAUGAACACAACAGUCGUUUGGGUAAAUCUGCGACAACAAGGUCUUCACCUGACAGCAGAAUAAACGAUGAAAAAUUUCGGGGUCUAAGCAAUCGACGCUGUCGUGAUUUCGAAGAGCGUGGAUUUUGUGUAUAUGGAGACAAAUGCCAAUACAAUCAUGGCCCAAAUGCUUUAGUCAUUUCAUCUGCUAAAUCUGCAUCGGUUACUACUCACCUAACAAAUCCCUUGCUAGAUCCUAAAUCACUCUCAACUAAUAUUCUGGAUUCAUCGAUGAAUAUUAUCCGGGAGUCAUCAAAAUCCAGUGUAGUUCAGCCACAAUCUAUUGUCACAGCUGUACUAUCUGGACAAACAAACUUGAACGAUUUAAGUCAACAAAUUGUCCCUUCUUAUAUUCCUGUUUAUCAUCCGACCCCAAUCAACCAACAAGAUAGUCAAAUGUUAGUGGCGUGUUGUGUUGAUCAGUCACAUGAUACCGGAUUACUGUCACACAUUGCUAACCCUUCUCUUUUGUAUCAUAAUAAUGCUAAUACUACUACUAAUAAUAAUAAUAAAGCCAACUGGAGAAAUUCUCGUCUACCAAAUCAUGCCCAACAACGUCACAAUAAUCAUCGAACUUCUGGCAAUUCUGUGAGUCGAAACAUUGUUACUUUACCAAUGGUUGAAAAUGUUAACAACAAUAGUGAAACAACUUCUCAUCAGUCUGUUGUAAAUUCAGCGCCACCUGCUUAUGAACCUGAUCGACCACACUUGUCCAUGAUUUCAACGUCUGAUGAUAGUAAUAUUCCUGCUGUUUAUGAUGAUGUUAAUGAUGUCGAGCAUAUUACUAGUGCUACUGCUGCAACUCCACCAUUGUCAUAUACACCCAGUCCUAUCACUGAACAAAUCAGUUCGUAUGCUGUUGUCCCAAAAACUUGUGAAAUAUCUAACCUAUCAUCCCCUGAUACUCUUGCAUCUCGAACUAUUGAUCCGCGUACUGUUCUCUACGUCAAUCGUCUUCCAUGGCGAUUUAAUGAUGAAAAUAAAAUUCGUGAACAUUUUGCUCAAUUCGGCAAUGUGAUAAAUGUAGUUGCAAGAUACAAUGGCUUAGCAGAUACUGCAAUGGUUGAGUUUUCUUCGUCGGAUGAAGCAGAAAAAGCCUAUCGUAGUCCAGUUCCUAUGUUCUCGAAUAGAUUUAUUCGAAUUUUUACUCGACUACCAGAAAAUUCCCAACAGAAUGCAAGAAAUACAAAUCGACGUUUUCCUCGACCAAAGAGUGUAUUGGACCGUUUAGGAUCAAGACCAGUGCUUGAUGCCAACAACAAAGUUAAUUCCUACGCUUGGAUGAGUAUGAACCAUGACAGUGUAGAUAAUCAGCAAGUCGCUAAUGAUACUCUUCAGAGAGGUAACCGAUCUCGUUGGCGUUUAGAAAGAAAUCCUGCAAGUGGAGAUGCUUUGCUGUCGGGUGAUGAAGAAGAUGAUAUAGUUGACGAAAAUCCUGUCACCGAUUUCUCAGGAACAUCAAAUUUUGUUAAAGUAAGUAACAAAAUGGAUCAUAACGAUAAUAAGUUGCUUGCUGACAAUUUUCUCGAUUAUAAUUCGGAUCAAGAUACUACUAAUUUAGAUGUACAAAAGUAUCAAAGUCGUAACAUGAAUAAUAACACUUCAAGUCCGUACACAAUAUCGCUUAAACAAGAGGCUGAUGCGAUUUCAUGGGAACGACGAAAAAUGGCUGCUUUAAAGCAGCGAAAAGAACAAUUAAUGAUUCUGGAUAAGUCUCGUGAAGCUCGUGAAUCUGCAAUUGAAGUUCAAAAACAACGAAUUGUUCGUAUAAAAUUACUCCUGAAACGUGUAAUGGAUCAAUUGGAGAAUAAUCAUACAAAUGAUGUAGACAGUGUAACAACAGAUUCCUCAAAGCCAUUAACAUUAGACGAGAGAAAGAAACUACUCAUUGAAGCUAAACGUUUACAGCACGAACUUGAAUCUGCUAUAGAAGCUGAGAAAAAAGCAUUGGCCAAUCAUACUUUACAUAAAGAAACUAACAGUAAGAAAACUAAAGGAAGUACAACAAUUAGUUCAGCUGCAUUACAAGCACUACCUGCAGCUGUUCGAAUGGAAAGGGAGAAACAAAUCUCAGAGAUUCAAGAUGAAAUAGAUAAAGUAGAAACGGCCUUACGCGAAAUGCCUCAGGACACUGAGCAAAUAAAAGAGGGUCGUCGACGAAUUGUAGAAUUGAAGAGACAGCUUGUUGAACUAGAGACGAUUCGGCCUUCCGAUAUACUUGCGCCACAAACUGCUGGCGGUUUCGCUGCAGCUGAUGGUUCUGUUUACCCUAACAGGACUCAAACUAAAUUGGAUAAACGACCGCGAACUCUGUACAUUACUGGUAUUGAAGCGGAUGAUGUUGAGAACUUCCUAAAUGCUCUGUCGAUGAAUUAUUUACAUACACAAAGUUUUACAAAACAAACGGACCCUGGAACUGAUCAAUUAGUUCUUGAAGUUACAUUCUGCACGCGUGAUUUUGCUGAAGCAGCUAUUCGUCAAUUCAGUCAAUUUCAUGGACGUGAUCUACAAAUGAGUUUUGUUUAUUCUCCUAUGGUGUCUGAUUCAAAAAGGAAUAGCUUUAGUGAAGAUGAUGUAAAGCACGUUUCUUCAACACAAGCUGAAACAUCAUCCGAUCAACUUCAAGCUAUCACUUCCUCUGAAUCCUUAGAUUAUUCCUCUCAUUCCAGUCCUACAUCAACUACAGCAUUAAAUAUGAUAUCUUUAUGA